UCUGCUGGUGCGCGUGGACCGUCCGUGUUCUUGUAGCUAGCGUUCGAACAUUAAAAGCUGCUGUCCCGCUGAUCAGCUGUGCUUCCUCUAGAGCCUGGAGCAUUGUGUGGAUACUGUCUGCUCAGCCGGAUUUUAGCGGCCUCUGUCAGACUGAGCUAGAAGCCUUUGACAGUAUUUUCAAAGGAAUAUUGAGAGUGACAGUUUUUUGGAAGAAAAGAGGAGUUUGAAAUGGUGAUGGCUGUGAUGUAGGUAUGCCUUUUGCUUGGUGGAUUUUGAGUCUUUGAGGAUUUUGGAUGUUUCUGUCACCACCUAACUAUUUAUGUUACUGCACAUUCUGUUUAGCAGUUAAUUAUGUGGGACACAGCCCAAUAAUGAAUGGCAGAAGGUUGGAAAAGCUCUUUUUUCUAGACUCCCAUCAAAAAUGCAAUCUGUGUUAGAAUGAGAGACUGCCUGAGGAAGUAGUAAUCGUCAGAAAGACCAAAGGGGCCCAAGUGCUUGUGCUGGUAACAGAAGAGCCAUCCUAUCAGUAGGUUGGCAGUGCCUGAGACAGCCAGGCCCUGAGGAUGACAAGCCUGUUUAAACGCAGCAGCAGCAAUGGAGGCUCCAGAAACAGUGGAAAUGGAGGUGAUGGAGGCAGUGGACAGGGGCAGCUUAACAACAGCAGGCCCAACCGACAAGUCAGACGCUUGGAGUUCAACCAGGCCAUGGAGGACUUCAAGACCAUGUUCCCCUCUAUGGACUAUGAAGUGAUUGAGUGCGUGCUGCGAUCCAACAAUGGAGCUGUGGAUGCUACCAUCGACCAGCUGCUGCAAAUGAGCAUUGAUGGACAGGGCUCAGAUGACAGCUCAGACUCGGAUGACAGCAUCCCACCAGAGAUAUUGGAGCGAACUCUGGAGCCUGACAGUUCAGAUGAGGAGCCACCUCCAGUUUACUCUCCACCUACAUAUGACAUGCACAUUUAUGAUAGGAAAUACCCAGAAGCCCCACCAACACCCCCUCCACGAUUUGAAGCCCAGCCUCCUCCAGGUCACCAGCAGGUCAGAAGCUACCGUAACUGGAACCCGCCUUUGCUUGGAAAUCUCCCUGAUGAUUUUCUACGGAUUCUUCCACAACAGUUAGACAGCAUUAAGAGCUCUCAGAAUAGUUUAUCUCAGCCAUCAUCAUCAUCCUCCUCUUCAGUUUCUUCAGUAAGUCAGUGGACAGCGCAGUCUGGUUCUGGGUCAGCUGCAGGAACCGCUGGAGGUCCUGGUUCAACAACAGGAGCUACAGAGCAAGACAAGAAACUGAAACAGUAUCUGGAAGAUGAGCGUAUUGCGCUGUUCCUGCAGAACGAGGAGUUUAUGAGAGAGCUGCAGCGCAACCGAGAGUUCCUCAUUGCCUUAGAGAAAGAUCGCUUGAAGUAUGAGUCAAAGAAAUCAAAGUCCAAUCAUUCAUCUAGCAUGGAGAAUUCCACAGGAGAGCAGUACUCUGCUGCUUCCAUGGAGGCUAUCUCAGAUGAUGCGCUCUUCAGGGACAAACUCAAACACAUGGGCAAAUCCACAAGAAAGAAGCUGUUUGAAAUUGCCAGAACAUUUUCAGAAAAGACAAAGAGAAGAAAGUCAAAAAGGAGGACGCUCCUGAAGCAUCAUUCCUUGGGCACAGCCAACUCUACAGCCAAUCUUCUUGAUGAUGUAGAAGGACACCCCUGUGAGGAAGAAGGGCAGCCUAGAAGAGCAAACACUCAGGAAGAAACUGAAAAACGCAGUGAGCCAAUAUUAUGAUCCUCCCGUGCUGCUCCAUAUCGGUGACCAAGGUGACUACAGCGUGACCCAUGGGCGAUGGUUUUGCAGCUCCUGUUCCCACUUACUCAAUUUACCUUUAUCCGAAUCAGCUGAUUUUAAGAGACCCGCACCCACACUUGGAGAGAGGAAUCGGACUGUACCCAGCCCUGGCCUCACAAUUUGUAAAUGCAUAAUCUCUGUAUUAUAACAUUUUGUUGAUAUAUCAUUUUAAAUAUAAAGGAAAACACAUUAGUUCUUACGGUAUUUGUUGAUGGCUUCCUUUUAAUAUGCUGACAGGAACACUAGUGUAGUGAUGAUCUUUCCAUAUGAACCCUUGAUACUUUUCCAGUCCUGUACAGUAACAGACUGUAUGUGGAUCCCUCAGGCUAGGCAUUUCAAAUCCAAAGUGUGUACAUGCAUCUUUAUAUAUAGAAAACCAUGUUUUUUUUUGUUUUGUUUUUUUAAACCUUGUUUUCUCAAGCAGAUUGUAAAAUUGAGCUUUUUUUGAUUGUCAGGAGUUAUGUAACUGAAUUUCUUCUGUGUCCAAAUAUUGUGGCCAUCUGUAGCUGCCUAAAUGUCAAAAUGGCUCCAUGGCCAAAAUAACCAUGAGGCUGUCUUUUAAAGGGUGGUGUUCUGGCAAAGCAGGGGACUGCAGGGUAUGGAGCAGUUUAGUAGUUUUCUUUGAUUGGCAAGGUGAAACAUUUCUUUUUAUUUUCAGUGGAUUGUUUAUUGUUUUAGUACUAAAGGUACUGUGCUGUUCCAACAUUAACCUAUGGUGACAGACUACAAGCUGUCAAGCCAGAGACAACAUCAGCAUUCUUAUUAAGCUCCAUAAGGUUCACAGGUUGAGUUUGGCGUUGGUUGCUGCCAUCUUGGGUUUUUGGGGGUUCUUUUUUUUUGGUUUGUUUGUUUGUUUUGGUGGCGUGAGGCCUGUUGUUGGUAAGUUACAGAGGAAUCAGUUUCUAAUCAGGUGCCAAGUUUCCAGAACUCUUGCAAUAAUCCCAAAGACAUUUUUGAGAGCUAUUACAGAAAUAAGAAAUAUCACUUGGACUGCUUUGCCAUAUCUUUCAGCAAAUCAUAUUUUUGUCUUUGUCAUCUCCUUAACUGAAGGACAACAUAUUUGUAAAUGAUGGUGCUAUGAACAAUGAUAGAGUUUGAUUUCCAACAAACUGGGGGGGAUGUGAAAUGUGAUGGGUGAACAAAAUGAAAAAAUGCACAUCAAAACUUUCUGUUUUUAUUUAUCUGUGUAGCUAUGAAACUACUGUGGAAGUGUAAUGCUGGGAAGAACAAAAGAAAUCAAGCAAACAAUGUGUAACUUAAGUGUAGACAGCUUUAAUUUAACAAAAGGGUUUAACAGAAGUGUUGCAUUAACUGUUCAGCAAUUUGCCAUUUUCAGAGGCUCAAAUUGGCAACCAGUUUCAGGACCAGAUGAGGCCUGUUCCCUUAUUAUUGCAUGGCACAGUAAUCAGAUAAAAGCUCUAGAUAUGAUUCCAAGUGUUGAACUUGUAUUUGAUAUCUUUUUGCUUGAGCCCUCAAAAUGAGGUUCACAGAGCUUUUAAUGCGAGUGAAGGAGUCCAUAAUUAGGUGGAAAACCUAAACCUAUCAGAGAGAGAGCCAAAACUUUAGGAGGGACCAUAUCUAAGAUCUAACAUUCUUAAAAAGCAGGAAUCCACUGGCUGAGAUCACUGGCCACAGCAGACAACUAAAAUGGAUGAUUGUAGAAUUCUUUCCUUGGUCAAGAGAAACACAACAUACCAGCCAAGUUGAGAGUUACACAUGAUUAUCAGGGUCUACAAUCAAGAGAUGCCUUCAUAAAUGUAAAUACAGGUUUACAGCGAGGUCCAAACCAUUGGUGAACAGGGAAAACCUCUAAAGGAGCCUGUUGAGUUCUGGAAAAAUUCUUUGGACAGAUGAAACCAAGAUGAAGUCUUACCAGAAUGAUGGGAAGAGAAAAGUAAGCCCAAAACGUACCAUAGUAACUGUCAAACAUUAUGGAGGCAAUGUUGUGGCAUGGGCGUGUGUGGAACCGGGCCACAAGUGUUUAAUGAAGUAGCAGGAUGAAUUCUAAUACGUACAGGUCUACACUCUGCUCAGAUUCAUCCGAAUGCUCCAAAACUGACCCAAAGCAUACUUCAAAUGGAACCCAAGAGUUUCUCAAAGCAGAGAAAUGGCCAACCCAGUCACCUGUUCUGAACCCAAUGGAGCAUGUUUUUUAGUUACUGAAGACAAGACUGAAGGCAAAAGACCCACAAAUUGAAGCUGCAGUAAAGUCCUGGUUGAGCAUAUUAAGGGAGGAAUCACAACAUUGAAGGUUCUAGAUUUCAGGUAGUCAUUGGAUACAAAAAAAAAAAAAAAUCAUCCAAUUAUUAAAAAUCUGAAAAUGGGGGAUUGUAUCAAAAUGGUUGUAAUUCCAAACAGUAAAAAUUAACAGCAAUAAUUUUGUUAAUCCCCUUAAAUUGUUUGAUUUAAAAUCUCAUACUUAGGAACCUAACUGUAUAAGUAAAGGCAAGAAAACUGCCUGAUUUGAAACUUUACAAAUUAAACUUUUCUGGAUUUGUGCUUAAUUUUGAAUAUUGUCUGUUCUGGUGAAUGAAAAUGCUCACAUGGUCUACAGGAUUGCUUAGCAAUGAGCAAUGUUUGAAUGAAUGAAAUUUGAAUUUGUCAAAGGACUACUGAUUAGAUGGUAAAAGUUGUGCAGCACUCUGCCUCUAAAGUGCCAGAUUAAAAAAACAAUCUCAUGAAUUGAUGGUGACUUACAGAAAGCUUAGACGUCAAAUUGGACUUAGAUUAAUUAGUUAGAUACAAACUGGACUUUAAAAUUAAUGCUAGUUUUGUUACCUCUUUUCUGCUAACAUUGUUCCAGGUGCAGAAGGCAGAAAUGGUUUCAGCACAUUUUACCUUUUGGAAACGGAUGUGUCCAUAGGAAGAAUAUCACAGCACACCGAAUCUGUGGUAGUCCUCUCAUAGAACCCGUGAUAUCAGUGACUAUCUUUGGACCCAGGAAUUUUGUGUUGCUGGUGCUAGAUGAACAGGUUGAUAUAUAUAUGUUGAGAUUUGGGGGGUUUUUUGCACCGGGGCAAAAAACAAGAAAAAUGAGAGCAGCUUUAAUAAUGGGCAGAAACAUGCCAAACACUGCACUGGUGCUUGAAGAGAAGAAGUCUUGGUAGUAAAGUCAGCAGUUUAAAGUAUUGAUGCUGGGAAGUAUGCUGUGUUUAUUCAAGGGACAAAUCUCAGAUCAGAAUUUGGUGAAAUAUUAGAGUUUUACUGUAUGCAUUGUCUUAUUUCUCAUGUAGAAUACUUUGAAGUGCAGGCCACACUGUCUUGUUUGAGCAUUGAACUUUAAGACCUAAACAAAUCAAUACAUGAUAACUUUAAUCUACUUUUUGGAGUUUUACAUUCAAAAAGUACACAUUGAAACAGCAGUAACUGUAUUAUUAUUAUAUGCAGUAAAAUGGCCAUUUAAACCUGAAAUUUUAAUUAAUUCAUUAAUUUUUAUAUCAAGGUAAUGUAUUCUAAAGAAACAGAAGGCAGUCCAUAUAAGUCACAGGAGUGUGAAUGGGUGGUUGGUGUUUGGUUUUAGUCUGACUUUUCAUCCAUUUCCUAAAAAUAGGGGUCAUUCCAUCUGAAGUCAGCGGAGACGGUGUUGAUUUGAUAUGGAAUGACCCAUAGCUUUAAUUCCAGAGCUUCUGUAUCUCCAUAUACGCUCAUAUCCCUGUUGUCUGGUGAAAUGUACCUUAAUGUGCAGACUUCCAGGGCAGUUGAGAGCAACGCCGGUCUGUCUGGUUGGUUGUUCUUUUAGGAUACUUUGAUGUGUUCUCUUCUCAGGGAAGUCCAACACAAUUAUUCUCUCCGAUUUAGAUAUUUUGGCACGCAUUAGAAGCACAAUCAAUCCGUACCACUUAAUUUCACUAAGCUUAAAGGAACAUUAGGACGUCCAGUUUGCAAUAGACCAGAGAUGUAUCAUUUUUAAGUAUUAAACAUUAUGAAGCAGCCAUUCAGCAGUUUGAAGCUUCUCUGAUUCCUCGCACACUUUUUUUUCCCCCUAUAAUGUUUGUACUGCUACACUCAAUGGUUAGUUCUUCCAAAACAAGGAAUUCUGUGUUCUGUACUUCAGUUUCCAGAGUUUUGUUAUUUGGAUGGUAAGUUAUUUUUUCUGAUCAAACAUAGGGUUAAUUUUUUUAAUUAUUGAAAUAUAUAUAAUUGCUGCAUUAGCAUUCUAUUAAAAUAAGGCAGAUUGAAGGAAAGUUUUUAUAAGUAUUUCCUGGACUAUACUAAGUUGUAGACUAAGAGCUGAGAUUUUGUCUUUACGUACCCACAUGUAGUUUAACCACAUCAGUGAUGUAAGAUGGUCCAAAAAGAAGUGAAUUUCUUUGUUAUUGGUGAGUUGUUUACAGUGCAUAUGAGCUUAUGACUCUGCUCCUUCUGUAAGAAUGUACACUAUAGACCAAGCAGAACAUACAUCCUCUUUUAAACACUUUCAUGAUCCAUGUGCUGUGUCUGUGUUUUCAGUCACUGAAAUGCCAAACAAGAAAAUAUUACCAAUUGUUUGAUUUCAGUUUCAUUUGUAACACUGUUUUCACACAUGCACUGCAGCCUUUAGCUUUUUAGACCUCACCUACAGUAGCAGAGGUGGGCCUGUCUUGAGCCUGCCAGCUCCCAGGUACAAAGUCCAUGUGAUGUGGAUUGUGCCAUUGGACAUAUAUUGCAGGUAACAGUCCAGUGCAGUCAUUGCUAGAGUCUCUCCAGCAUGGUGAAAUAUUAUUUACUGAUGUAUACUUCGUGUGUGAGAGGACAACUAUAGAAAAUAUCCCAACCUGAUUCUCCUCUCUGAAAUUCAUGUGGGAAAACCGGUUAAGCAAUUUUGUUUGGCUCAGUGGUGUUUGAAGAAGGCAGAGAUUAGAGGUUUUUUCUCCCUCUGUUUGUGAUUGUUGUUUAAAUUUUUUCCUACCCUGAUUUGUCUGUAAACCGUAUUUGUAAAUACAUUAACAUAACCAAUAAAGGUUUUUCUAUAAAGCAA